AUGCCACGAAAAGACACUGCACAUUUACAACAUGCAGAUUGCUGUGAACGUCCUGGGUCCAAGACUAUGACAGCUGGUUAUCCUACUACCAUACUAAUGGGCGCACCUAAUUUUAUAUUUCUUCUUGUCUUUGCAGUUGGAGGGUCGUUGGCCAACUCCCGGCUAACCCUAAGCUCUCGCGGGGGGACUCCAGUCUCUCUGAAGUCAGCGGGUGGUGGUGGUCCAUUGGUAGACGAGAGCGUGCAAGUAGACCUCUCGGCGGACACCAUCACCUACGACUCGGAUGAUGAGAUGGUGAAGCGGCGGUCGAGCCUCGUCCUCAGGAAUAAAAAAGGCCAUCCUAUUUACUCUAGAGAAGAUAUAAGAGAACAGUAUUGUAUCAACAGAAAAGAGGUCGAAGUUCUAGAAAACGCCCGUUCCCUCAAGUUCCUUGGUUGCUUCCCAAAUCCUCAAGAAAGCUCUCCUUGUACGAAGAAUUCUAUCCUCUUCUCCUGUAUCCACAAGAAAAAGCACAAAUCUCAGCACCAGCAACAGCGACGGUCCAGCAGCGAUGAGAAUAUUUACGCCCCACCCACCGAAAUUGGAAGCCCCACCCCUUACGAUACCGACCGAACUUGCGAGACGGACGAAACUCGCUCCAAGGAUGACAUCUGUAGCACAGAUGACGAGGAGUAUAUUCUGUCCGGCUUUCGGAAGAGGCCAAAAACCUUUUAUUGUGAUCCAAACAGGUCUCGAGAAUCCGAGGUAUCUUCAGUUGGCUCUGUCAGGGCAAGAAGGAAACUGGAGAGUUCGGCCAGUUUCGGAAGUCAACAGAGUUAUGAAGAAAGCGAAGCCGAGUUUGUGGCAAGGAAUGCAAGACGACCUUCUCAGCUGAACAUCACAGAAAGGAGUCGGAAUGACCGAUUUCAACCCAGUAGGAGCGUGGAUGAGUUAAACGAUUCGAGUGCCACACGGCGGCGAGAAGUUGUAGACGUCGGUCGCAUAGCUAAAACACCUGAUAUCAUCCUGGAUGAUCGGCGGCAAAAGCACGUGAGUUUCGACAAUGGAUCACUGGUUCGAAGCAAUACCGUGGCUGGGGGUCUCGAGGAGGUAGGAGGGGAUUUUAGAAGUGGUCCUGCUGCCACCUCUACUCCUCUCAGCUCCCAGAGGAGGGCAUUUUCGCCACCCCCCAGGAGGAAUCGAUCCCAAGAAAGGUUACUGGACGGAUUUGUAACAGCUCGACCACCUCUGGAAUUCAGUGACAGGCCUUCAUCGGUAGCCUCCUAUAGUUAUAGAGGAAGCUCUGUACAGCAUAGACCUCGUCGGGCGCUUAUGAAAACACAAGCUACCCAGACAGAGCUAACAUUUAAAGCAAGAUUCAUGCUUCCAGCGUACUUAACUCUCUCCCCCAGAGCCACUAUGCCACAACUGCUGCCAGUGAAUCAUUAUCCACCAAGUCACAGGGCUCAUCGAGCGAAGCCUUCUUCAAGGCACAAAACCUCCGUUUCUUCAGGGACAUCCAGGAUGCUUAGCAAGAGUCAAUCAGCGCACAAUACGUUAGCGAGUGACGAAAGUGAUGAUGAGGUGAUGGAAGUGGAUCUGUCCACCAAACAACAGAGGUUAAUCCGGUCUUCUGCUAGCAGGGCUUCCAUUCGACGCCAAAAAGCCGUCGAGGAGGAAAUUAUGGUAUCUUUUAAACCAGCAACUUCACCUCCUAGAGGGCCUGUAGAGGUUUUAAUUGGAGAUCGACCGGUUACCAAGACAGUAGACAGGGAACACAGAAAAAUUUCAUCCAUCUGUCGAGAAAUCAGCCCUCCUGUCGCUAAAGAGUCUCAGGAAGAAUUUUUAGAAAGAUCACACGCGGUGGAGAUAACUAUUCGCACGUGCAAGAUUCCAUCACAAACCGACAGGAGUAAGGCCGAAGAAAAGAAACCAAGUGCAACAAAAGUUCCUGAAGUACAAGCCACUGGCGAUAAAGCUCUAGAAAAGACAAAACCUCCACAUAUACAGAGAGAUUCUGGGUCUAGGGAUACUGAUGAGCUUCGUAAAACGUCGAGCGAAGAAAAGCCUUCACCGGAAGAGAGCUCAGAAGUUUCCGGAAUGAAAAGCCCAUCUGGACAUGUGGUCAGACGGAAGCCGGACCAAACAAUGGAAAGUUCUUCCGCCAAGUCGAGCAGUGAUUCGUCCAAAUUUGCCAGUAGGAUGGAACAACCGGAAUGGAUUUCGUCCAGUGCCGAGGGUUCCUGUUCAUGUCAAGAUUAUGCUUCUAACGAUGAAUCACAGACUAUGACAACAGACGACGGCAUUUUACAUCCGGACAUCAAGCAAGCCUUGGAAAGUGCUGAGCGGAGGAGACAGGAAUACCUGGAUAAAUAUCGUGAAGUGAAAGCAAAAAGUGAUUCCCGAAUGGAUGAUCCUACUUCCCCAGACAGUGAUACAUCGAGUAGCAUUUUUACUGAAAGAGAAACAUCCAGGAGUGAGGUAUCCACCAGCAGUUCCAAUAGAGUUGCCAAGAGUGAAACAGAAGAAGACGAAAGCUCGGAUUACGUCACAGCGACAGAUCACUCUCCGCAUUCACCUCACAGAAUGUUAGCCACAACGCGGAAGAAAGUUCCCACCGAUGAAGAUGAUGUUCCCACUUCCUUCGAGAGCUUCAGUUCCCCAUCCAAAAGCAAUAGCCACCUACAUGUCAAAUCCUCCACAUCCUCACCAUCUCUUUUACCUUAUGACGAAGCACCUGCUUCACCAGAUCACCAUCUCGACGGUGAAGGAACAAUGGAAGAAAGCCAUACGCCGACACGCAGACGAUCGACGGAAGCAGACGACAUCAGCAUUUAUUCCUCUGCUGCUUUACCCCCUGACGACCUCGAAUCUUCAGACGAAUCUACGAAGAAAGAAACUCCGCCCACCACGCCUUCAACAGAAUCGGAAGAAGGACAUAUGCCCUUUCUCAAGUCUCAGCAGGGUACAAGUGGCACUCCGGAUUCGGAUCGAACCAGCGAUAUCACGCCUUUAUUUGAUCCAUCUCCAGAGCCACUAUCUAGCUUGCAGGAACAACAAACCGUCAUCGAGAUCCGAAGCGAAGCUACGUCGGAAGAGAUAUUGUCAAUGGGAAACGAUUACGAUGAUGACGAAAUGGAUCGAAUAGAUGACGAAGAUAGCUUUCCAAAAGGUAAUGGUAGUCGUAGUGAGCGCGGUGGUGGAUCAGAAUCUUCUGAAAGCUCCAGCGUACUUUCUGGGCUUCAGGACAUUGAAACUGCAGCCAAGAUCGGGCAGGGAAUUGACUCAUGUCGACUACAGAUGGGCUCUUUCCCACCAUUAGACAUUAGGAAGGCAGCUGAUGAGCUGUCCACUGUGUCUGAAGUGUCUGAAGAAAGUAGUCGGAAUGGUGUCGUACAUGUACGAAGAAAGAAGUCAGAACACAAACCUUCAGAGGGCUCUUCUGUAUCAGAAGAACAGCACAGCCAUUUCGAAACUGCAAGAGGAGGUUUAUCCUCUAAACAUUCUUCUUCUUCCGAAUAUAUCCCCUCGGAGACUACCACCCCAGACAGCACAACAUCGGGAAGUUUUGUUUUGGAUAAUGGGUCCUAUACAGAAAAUGGAUCCUAUAACAGCUUGUCAAACCAUGAAGAGAAAACAGCGGAAUCCUCCGGUGGGAUAACGGAAGAAAUCAAAAGCAAAGAGGAUGAUCAAAAGACAAAAACGGAAGAUGAAUCAGUGAGUGAAAGUUUCAAAGAUACUAAAUUGUCUAGAACACCUAUUCCAUCAGAAGAAGUAAUUGAAAAGCCUGUUGCAGAAGAUCGAAGUGAAGCUGAUCGUCAGGGAGCUUCAUCUCCAGCCUACAGCGACCAGUCAGAUAAGCUUAUCGCCUCUUCUAUUCUAUCCUCCUCUUCUUCAGUUAGCCAUAAAGUCCCAAAAGUUUCAGAUCAACCUUGGGAACGGAAGAGAGCUCCCAAUCAGGCUUUGUCUACUUGGUGCAGUGAAGGAGCGAUUCCGAAACAGCGGCAUCCUGAAGAGGGACGGAGGAAAAGAGAUCGAGCUCGCAAUAGAUCUGAACCAAGGGAGCACAUUGCUUCGCUACAGUUCUCUAGACCUGAACGUUCUUCCCGUUCCAAGAGUCGAAGUCCGGAGGAAAAACUGAGCGAUGACGAAAGUGGAAUUCGUUUCGGAACUAGAAGUCUUGCCCCCCUGUGUUCUCACUGCGGCGAGAAGAUACUGGAUCCACCAUUUUCUGCCCCACCAUCGUGGGACAGAAGCUACGCUAGACCUUUCUGGGAAACUCCUAGUUCUCAUCAUCAACCUCUCAUAUGGAGGCAGAGGGGUUAUGGAGAUUCUUCAGCAGGUUAUGGAACUCAUGGCAGGUACGUUGCCGCACCUUAUGGAGGGGGUCACUGCCACAUGCCUCGAUCGUGGUCAACAGAAAGUGGACCGGGAGCAUCUGAUGACCUCUAUCCUGAAGAGGAUGAAGAUGCAGGAGUGCAUUCAGAAAGUUACAGAUCAUCAUCUUGGAUUUAUAUCUCCGAUAGUGACGAAUUAGCUGUAUGGAAACGCCCUACAGAACCAGAAGAGGAAGCUGAUGUAGCUUCUCAUCCGCCCUUAACGCGUUCGGAUUCGGUGGAAUCAACCUCUUCAGAACACGAGUUCCUGAAGCAGUACCAGGCUGUUACUCACAGAAUGAUACAUCGCAAGUCUAGUGUUGAAAUGUAUAAACGAAUAGCAAACAGAAGCUUUGAAGUGGACAAACGAGUUAUAGUGCAAAGGAACAACGGAGAAUUUGGAUUCAGAAUACAUGGCAGCAAACCUGUUGUCGUUUCUGCGAUUGAGAAAGGAACUCCAGCUGAAACGUGUGGCUUAGAAGUAGGAGAUAUCAUCGUCACCAUUAACGGCCUUAAUGUUCUUGACGCUACGCAUUCUGAAGUAGUCCGCUUAGCUCAUACAGGAACGGAAGUGCUAAAGAUGGAAGUAAGCAGGACGUGCCACAUGCUUGCUCCAGUUCUUACAGACUCUCCUCCACCCCCUGUAUAUUCUGGUUACUUGCAACGUUUGAGUGCACGUAGCGUCACUGGACGGCGCUGGUGUCGGCGCUGGUUCGCCGUGAAGUUGGAUGGCGUCUUCUAUUGGUACAGAACAAAUAAGGACCAUGAGCCCCUUGGUGCACUGGGGCUGCAGAAUCAGACAAUUAGCCGCGUCCCGGAAGCCGGGGCGCCUCACGCCUUUAAGGUGUCCAAGAUCGGAGAGAGCCCCUUUUACUUUUCGGCUGACGAUGAGGACACCGCCACUAGAUGGAUCAGUGCCUUGAACCAAGUUGCUGCGACAGCUUCUCGGGCGGACCCUUACGUGGACGAGAGCCUGCGAAAUGCCCAGCUACCCCCAACUUCGAUUCCAAACGUCGACUGCCAGGGUCCCUUGAGCAAGUUGAGCCAACGAUGGAAGGCGUGGCGCAGGCGCUACUUCCUUCUCAAGGACGCCUCUCUCUACUUCUACGCUGAUCGCAACGCCAAAGUUGCCUUAGGUCUCUUUCAGUUGCAUGGUUAUAAGGUCCAAAGCUGUAGUCUUCAAGGAAAGAAGAACACAUUCGAAGCUAUUCCGCCAGAACCACGGCUGAGGCAUCUCUAUUUCCUAGCAGAUACAGAGAACGAGAAAAAGAGGUGGUUGGCUGCAUUAGAAUAUUCAAUAGACCGUUGGAUCAAAAUAGGAUAACGAUGAAGGAAUUAAGUAUCAAGAAAUACACGCAGUCCAUAGAAAAUUUAAACUCGUGGUCCAAUUCAUGCUCAGUGAGCCCUAUGAAAAUGAAAUGUUGUAAAAUGCUCAUUGUAAAUGUCAUAUUGCAAAGAUCAAUGACGUUUUUUAUUAACUUAUUUUGCCCUGGAAGAUAAUCACAUUAUUAUAUCUUUGAGUACAGGGCAAUAAUUGUGUGCAUCUGGAGUGUAGUAUUGUCACCAGCAUAAUGUAACAAAAAAUACGUGAGAUCUCUAUAUAAAAAUUUGUGAAAUGUUUUGAUAAAGGCAGAAUAUGGAAUGUUUUGGUAAAAGCGUAAAAAUGUCGUAAACUGCCCAAAUCCGUAAAUAUUGUGGAAACACUCGUAGGAGCAAA